CAGUAGAGGAGAAAGAAUUGAAAGUCGUUUGUCGUUUAUAAAAAAGAUUUGGCGGUUGUUGAUGUUUUAUAUGUUGGUUAAGUGUUAAAAGUAUAUAGGAAAAUGAGGAAGGUUCAAUGGGUCCUCAGGAAUAUUUUCACUGAUGAAAGGAGUCCUAUAAACUCGGAGGUUUUCAGCAUUGGUCGAGACAAAAUACAUAACAUCGUUUGCAAGAAUACAAUCAUUUCCAGAGACCAUGCUAAAAUCUACACACUCGCUAAUAAUAAAUUACAAAUUGUUAAUUGUAGUAAGACGAACGCCACAUUCGUCAACAAUAAACAAGUAAAUUCACACGAUUUAGAGUUGCAAGAGAAAGAUGAAAUUGGAUUUGGUGUGUGCAAGGCUGACUACAAGGAAAAACAAGCCAAAGCACCUUAUUAUAUCUUCGUGUUGGAAAAGGUGGAACACAACUCGUCCAUUAUUGUAAUUGACGAUGACGAUUCUAUGCUCGACUCAGAUAAUAAUGAAUCAAUUGAAGUAACUGCAUUGAUUCAUAAUGAAAAUGAAGAUAUAACAAUUGGUGGUAAUGUUAACAGUGAAAGCGGAAGCUUGCCUGGAACAGCAAAUCCGAAUGUCGAACAGUUACCGAUAUCAAUGGAAGUAACUGCAUCGAUUAACAAUGAAAAUGAAGAAAUUACAAAUAAAAACUAUUGCUUGCCUGGUACAUCAAAUUCAAAAGCCCAACAAUUACCGUUACGAAAGGAAGUAACUGCAUUGAUCAACAAUAAAAAUGGACAUGUUACAAAUGGUGGUAAUAGUACAAACUAUUGCUUGCCUGGUACAUCAAAUCAGAAAGCCCAACAAUUACCGUUGCCAAUGGAAGUAACUGCAUUUAUUAAUAAUAAAAAUGGAGUAAUUGCAAAUGGUGGUAAAGUUGAUAAUAAAAGCGGUUGCUUGCCUGGAACAGCAAAUACGAAAGCCGAACAAAUGCCGUUUUCAAAGAAACUAACUGCAUUGAUUAACAAUGAAAAUGAAUAUGUUACAAAUGGUGUUAAUAAUAAAAACUAUUGCUUGCCUGGAACAUCAAAUUCGAAAGCCCAGCAAUUGCCGCUAUCUAAUGUCGUUACCAAUAUACCUGACGAAAAUUGCUUUGGAAAACAAAUUGCAAAUUGUUUACCAAUUGCUACUGCUUGUAACAGUGAGGUGAAUAAUAUGAAUCCCAUUAUUAAAGUAAAAGUCGAAUUGAACAGGUCUAGUCAUGUUGAUGAAAAUAAAUGUAAUACAAAUGAAACCAAUAUCCAUUCCGAAAAUAAUCAAUUAAGUAUAAAUAACCAACCUGUGAUAGAUGUUAAUAUGGAAAUGGAGGAUCCAAAAGAUGAUAUUAUUGAAAUUGUUGAUAAUGAUGUCGAUAAUGAUGACGAAUAUGAUUUCAUGUGUUCGCAAAUGUAUAUAAAGACAGAGGAAUGCGAAAAACCUGACGAACAAACCAAAGUAGGGGAUGAUAAUUUUUUGCAUAUUAAGAAAGAGAUAGCAGCAAUGGACGAUUACGAUGAACAGACAUUUCUGCCACCGAUAGAUAUCGAUUGCUUAUCUAUGGAUAGUUUCGACUUGCAAAAAGAGUUGGAAGAUGCAGUUAGGGAACCAUCACCGGUGGCAGAACCUGAACUGCAACCAGAAAGGAUUUCGCCGCAAGAGGCAAAUAAACUUACUAACGUGGAGCAACAAUUAACGAGCAAAAGAACGGAACUUAUUGAAGCACUUCCGCAGCCUGUCAAGCGCAGAAGAUCCAGUGUUAGUGCAAGUGUGCAAGACCGCAAAAAAGUAAAACUGAAAGAAAAAACGAAGCCUCCUACUCCUAUAGCUUCGACUAGUAAACAAGAUGUUGAUAAAAUUAAAGAAGCUCGAAAGGACAGGCUUAAGCAGAUCGAGCAGAAUAAGAAGACGGAAGCUGACGUACCUAAGCCAUCGACAUCUCGAAUUCGACCGCCAAGCGUUUACGUUAAAGUAUCCAAGGGACGAGGGAAUUUCCUCAUUCAGGACAACGUGUUGAAUCCCAAAGAUAUACCAAUCGUGCAUAGAGAUAAGCAGUAUUGCACAAACUAUGCGAACGAGAAGUACGGCGACAUUAUAGAAAUCGUAUUGGAUUGGAAGUUUACGUGGUUUAGGAAAUAUAGUUCGGGCAAUUACCAGGAAUUGCCGCCAGUCACGAAAAAGCCGAUUAUAAAGAUGUGCAACACUUUUAGUAAUUUUAAAAAUUAUUAUGAUGUUCUGCAACCAUUGAUUAUGGUCGACUAUUGGUUCAAUCUUAGUUCUGAAGUUCAGGACAACAGUUACGGAGACGUAAAAGCUAGUGAUCACUUCUAUGCUACUGCAGAAGUUUCAAGGAAAAAGCCGCAUUCAGAGAUGCUGUGCACAACUUAUAUCACAUCGGAGCAGAAGUGUAAGAUGAUGCACGUGAGGGAACAGAAUAUUAUAACCAUAGCUACUAAAUUGAACCGUUCGUCAGCGGAACCGACGACUCUUUUCGGUGUUGUAAUUUGGGUUAAAGUUGAUCUGAUUCAAGCAAAUGAGAACAUUGAUAGUAAAUAUGUUCGUAAUAAAUAUGUAAAACUAAAGUACAAAAUAACUUUCCUAGCGCUGGUCAAUAUUAAGGAAGUUACCGAUAAUAAAUUAUCGAUCUUCUGUAGAUACUUUCCAUCAUUUAACAUAUUCUUGAGACAAGUCACAGCUAUCAAAUUGUUAAAAAAUUCGCCUCUUCUGGAUUACAUUUUAUAUCCCAGACCCGAAAGAUACUUGAUGCCGUCUAUACAGUCAAGAUCUUUGACGCACCAGAGGGUGAAUUUAAACAAUGAACAAAAAAGAGCGGUUUUAGAAGCAUCCUAUUUUAUAAUGGAUAAGUCUGAUGGUAUUUAUUUGAUAAACGGUCCACCUGGAACGGGGAAAUCCACGGUGAUUACAAAUAUAAUCUUGGAAGCUUUGUCGAGUCCAAAUUUCAAGGGCAAGAUUUUGCUGUUGGCGCACUCUAAUUGCGCGAUUGACUCGCUCUUGACGAAAUUGAUUCAAAUUCGAAGUGAACUUGCGGGGCAAUCGAAACAUAAAAUGAAAUUGAUACGAAUCGGUAAUCGAGCUUCGCCAGCUGUACAAUAUCACACAUUAGAUUAUUUAACAGAUUACAAUCUGCGGAUAAGUGUUAUCAACGAGUGUCCGCAGCUGGAGAACGAUUACAAGAUUUUGAAACAGGAUAUUAAAGAACUUCAAAAGUCGCAUAGCGCAGAACCAAAUGAUGAAACAUAUAAACAAUUAACGUUAAAAGUAAACGAGUUGAAGAACUUUUCUAAAACGUAUUUGAAGUACAGAUUUGACAGCAAACAUGAAGUUGAGAAGAAUCGCGUGUUGAAUGGAGCUUCAGUUAUAUGCAGUACAGUUGGUAGUUGUCUAAAACUACACUGUUCGAAUUUCACUUCGACGAUUGACGUGUGCAUACUGGAUGAAGCUACUCAGUGCACUGAACCGGACACGUUGAUACCCAUCUAUCUGGGAGUCAAGAAAAUGAUAAUGGUUGGUGAUACCAAACAGCUUCCUGCCAUCACUUCAUCAAUGUAUACCAAAACAUAUGACUAUCACGUAUCUUUGUUUUCGCGGAUAAAACAUAACAUCUCAAAACACUCGCUCAAUCCUAUAUUGACAUUGAAGACACAAUACAGGAUGAAUCCGGAAAUAUGCCGUUUUCCCAGCAAGGUCUUUUAUGAUAAUGCUUUGAGGAACGAUCUAGGUUACAAAAGCGAAUUGAAGGAAUUGAAACCGUACAUUGUGUUCGCCCAAGAUUUAUCCCAUCCGAAUUUCUACUACAACACGAACGAAGUAGAUUUAGUAUUGAAGCUGAUCGGUGCUAUAUCGGAGAUCGGUGGCAUUACGAAACAUACGACAUUAGGGAUUAUAACGGUUUAUAGUAAACAAAAGGAAUUGAUCAAAAAGGCGUUGGCCAAUAGACAAUUCCAUCGUCUCCUCGACAUACAAUGUUCAACAGUCGAUGGCUUCCAAGGCCAAGAGAUGGACAUCAUUAUAUUUUCCGCUGUGAGGAAUUACCCUAACAGAUUCUCAUCGGAUGGACAGCGCAUAAAUGUUUCCUUCACAAGAGCAAAGCAUGCUUUUUACAUCGUUGCUUGCAAGAACCUAUUUGACACUUGCCAAAUUUUCAAGGAUGUGAAGUCGGACGCAAUAUAUCGCAAUACCUAUUACAUAGUGAAAGAAACGACGACUACUAGUUUAAUUGACAUCAUAAAGAGAAAGUAAGCCGUCGAUUUGUAUUGCAAAUUGUUAGAUGCAAAGAUAAUUGUUGACCAAUUGGUAGAAUAUGAUUAUAGACGCACUGAUGUGUAAUAGUAAAUCGAAUUUACGUAUACAUCAAAUUCUAAUGUUUAUAAUUCCAAACAAGAAUUGCUACUUAUUUUUAUAAUACUGAUGAUUGAAAAACCAAUGAAAAAUUGUGACUAAUUUACGUAUGAAUAUGUGAUAAUAAUCCCCUAGAUGUAAGUGUAAAUAUAGUUUUUUUUUAAGUCACCUUGAAUCUUAAUUUAAAAAAAAAUGAAUCUGUACA